UCUUCUGGGAGGGAGAAUCUGCAGGGUAGUUUUGUAACAGCUGGAGGCACCCUGGUUAGAAAACACUGGUCUUUUGUUUACAGCACAGCAUGGAAGGCAGCUCAGGUGUGCUUCAAUGGGUGGGGUGGCUGAUGCGUGAAAAGGAGAAAAGUGACCUCACACUUACAAACAAGCAAUCCUGGAGCUUGUAGUUGGAGGGAGGGAACGCCAACAGGAAAUAGCCAGAUACAGUUGAAAGAAGUGCUGGAGUGUGGGGCAUGUGGAUUCCUGGGUGGGCCCGUGGCCAAUGUAUUAGUUGUGAGUGAGCCCACUGGAAGAUUGUCUGCUUCAGUCCUUUCAUUUUAAUGGUUGCCAAAUAGAACUACGUUGAUCCGCAGUGGUCACUAAUCACUAGGCCAGCAUUAUUUGAAAAGGGUUACAAGACAAGCCCUUCAAGAAGGACAAAUUGUUAAGCUCAAUGCUUUCCUAUGGAGCUUCUGUCACUGCUAUAAUGUUGCAUGACAAAGGUCAAUAUGUAGCCAGGGCCUUAGAUUAGAAGUAGGAGGGUAUAUUUGACACUAAUGAAACACUUUGCCUUGCAUGAUGUUCUAUCCGAUAAGGUUGGACAAUGAAUGUGACUCAAUAACUCCAUGACACGUAAGGCAUGACAUGUGCUAUAGACCAAUAUUUCCCAACCAGGGCGCCUCUAGCUGUUGCAAAACUACAACUAUCAGCACGCAUGCCUAGGAUGUCAUAUGUCGGGAAGCUUUCCAGAUGAGCCCAGAUCAGCACAGGUGCUGAAGAAAGAUUAUCACUGGGCAACAAGAAUUGGUGAGAGUCAGUCUGCCUAGAUCAAUACUUCCCAACCAGGGUGCCUCCAGCUGUUGCAAAACUACAACUCCCAGCAUGCGUGUCUAGGAUGUAACAUGUUGGCAAGCUUUCCAGACGAGCCCAGAUCAGCACAGGUGCUGAAAUCAGAUUAUCACUGGGCAACAAGAAUUGUCUUAUACGUAUGUGGAGCUGGAGGUCUUCACAGAUAAGAUUUCAGAGAAGCCCCCUGUGCUUAUUCUCAAUACAAACUCCCCAGGAGUCUAUGCAACCGUCACAGGCAAAGUCAUGAUCCGUCCAGUUAUUUUGGUUCGUUCCGUGGAUUUUACCAUUAUUAACUUACCAGAUAUGCCGGAUUGGAUUGUUACUCAAGGAAACCUGCCAGAAACUAGCGAGGAACUUCUUCAGUGGGCGAAGGCGAAUUACUCAGAAGUCACCUUCUUCGCUGAGCUGAAAAAUCCACAGAAAAUAUAUCUGGAUCUGAAGAAGGAUAAAACUGGACCGGAGACGUGUGAGCUGCAGGACGACUUCCAUGCUGCUAACAUUCUCCAAGUGGUCGGUCCUGUGGACACAGAGAUGUGCACCCUGACGAAUACCAAACCUGUAAAAAACGCCUACAUCGUACAUGUCACCCAUCAGCACCCUCCUCCAAGUCACAAGGUAAUAUAUGUCAAUGUGGCCAUCGCUAAUGGUCCAUGUGAGAAGCCUCCCAUGAUAUAUCUGAAGAGCGAGAAAGGCUACAACUGGAACGUUCAGGUCUUGGAAGCUGUGGGAAUAAUGGCCUCUGGUAAUUGUACCCUGGGUCCUUUUGAAACACCUGCUCAAUUUCUGCCGGACACUAAAGAUGAACUUAUCCGCACGGCUAGAACGAAUGGCAGCAUGGAUCUGAGAAGCGUAUCAUACAUGCACGUCUAUAAUGCCAUGACCGUCACACUUCCUGUUACCUGUGUUAAGGAGGAAGUGGAAUCACCAAUGACAACUCAGCAACCAGAGGGGCAAUGCCAGAAACAGCUGGGCACCUCCAUACAACUGUGCAAUGAGGAGAAGCUGACUAUCUCACUAAGCAAAGAAGUCAUGACGGACUGUAAUCUGCAAAGCCCUGAACAAAUAUCUUUUGGAGACCCUCAGUGCACAGCUGUAAUCCAUAAUGAUCAUAUCGUGUUGACCACGUCAAAGACGGAGUGUGGGACCGUGGUGUCAGGGAAUGUGAUCAUAAACAAUUUACUAGUGCAAAGCGGUGAAACAACCAUUUUUGAACACGUCGCUAUGUGCACGAUCCCCAUGAUCGAAGUCGAACUAUUCCAGAACCCUGACCUCACGGUGCCCACUGAGAUAUUUGAUGCUGAAAAGGUCACCUAUGUGCGGGUGGACACUCCUUUAAUAUUUCAGUCAAAUGUCAAGUGUGAUUUAUCGGUGGGAAACAAGACCCUGAGGUUGAACAGUAGCCUGCCAGCCAUGAAUAUUGAAAAUUUAUCCUGGAAAUUUCAUACACAAGAACUAUCACUUCCAGACACAAGUUCGGCCAAACUCAGCUGUGAAUUCUGUUACGGAUAUGAUAGAACAUUGGAUUACUGUGUGUACAAGUCAUUGGAUGUAACUGUUGUUGAAAAGUCUCAAAAGCAAGGCCUCGGCAUGGAGUCUGUCCUGGGAAUCACGUUCGGAGCAUUCCUGAUCGGAGCAUUGCUGACCGCCGCCUUGUGGUUCAUCUAUACCCGCACACGCUCCUCUUUUAAGAUGCAGCCAGUGCCAACAUUGCCUGGAGGGUCGGAGAGCAGCAGCACAAACCACAGUAUUGACAGCACACAAAGUACCCCCUGCAGCACCAGCAGCCGAGCAUAACCACGGAGGACGCUACCCUAUGGAGCACCGCCAUACAGAGAACAGGGCCCAAUCAGUUAUAAAGCUUUCACUUUAUCAAGAGGGUCUUCUCUGAUACCCGUCUACCCAAAAGUCUCUGUUUUAUGCCAAAGCAAAAUUGGUGAGAAUCCAUAAUGGACAUACACGGGGGACUAGCUGCGUGUCAAUUUCUACUUGAUGGGUAACAAAGCCACAAAGACGAGUUUUUCAUAAGAAGGAAAAAGAUGGAUGCCUUCAUCAGGACUGGUCUGAAAAUGGACAAUUCCAAUUAUUUUAACUAUUUUUUUUUUUUUUUUUACUAAGCUACGUAACCAACCUGAAUGUAAACCUCUCAAUCCAACCUACAGUAUUCGCUUUUACAUAUCGUAUCACUUGACAGUCAUUUGCAGCAGGAACGUAUUUUAUGUGUAUACCAUAAAGCGGCACGCGACUGUGCCUGAUGGGGGCUUAUCACCUAUCCAUACCCUCUAUUGUAGCCAAUGACAAAUACCUCAUGAGACGCAUAGAACAAUAGUCCUCACGACAUUGAGGACUAUGGUAAAUGAUCCUUGUGUUAAAACUUGAAGGUCCUAAACCGGCCGCGGUUUGGCGAAAUGUGGCCUGUGCUUUCAAUGGAUAGACGGGAGGGGGUAGGCCGCUGUCAGACUCCUUAUCUCCCAGACAACUAAAGAAUUGGGCAGAUGAAAUUAGGAGUUGGGAAGACACCAUAGGCAUUAGAUCAGUGUUUCCCAUCCAGUGUGCCUCCAGCUGUUGCAAAACUACAACUGCCAGCAUGCCCGGACAGCCGAAGGCUGUCCGGGCAUGCUGGCAGUUGUAGUUUUGCAACAGCUGGAGGCACGCUGCUUUUAGAAGGUCGAAUUAGGGUAUGGCUCGGGUACUUACCCUCUUAUAGAAGGUGUAGACCUGUGCUGGAUCUCCUCAACAACAUAAAAGCAAACAAGAUGGAGACCGAAAACAAGUCGGGGAUCAUGGCCGCCUCCAAGAAAUGGCUGGUAUAAACCAGCAGCUAGGCGUUGGCCAUUUUGAUUACUGCAAUGGGUGGGGGCCACGUAAUCUCUAGGUGCACUAUCUACGCCAGAUUACGCUGUAGUGGACGUAAAUCUGUGCCUUUUUUGUGAUGCCCACCUAUUUUUCGUCUUUGGUGGUCUGCAAUCCUCCUGUUUCUAAUUGUAGACUUAAAGGGGUUAUCCAGGAAAAAACUUUUUUUUAUAUA